CGGAUGUUACGUCACAUUGAGGGGCGUUGCGGGAAGUACCGCCGUCCGACAGGACAACAACGCGCGUGGAACGUUCUCCUCUUUAUUUAAAAAAAAUGGAAACCAAAACAGAGCCGCACAAACGCUUCUUCUGCUCGUUUCCCGACUGCACGGCCGCUUUCAACAGACAGUGGAAGCUGGACGCGCACCUGUGCCGACACACGGGGGUCCGGCCCCACUCGUGUCAGCACGAGGGCUGCGGCAAGUCCUUCUGCACGCCGUACCACCUGGCCCGGCACGAGCUCAGCCACAGCGGCGUGAAGCCCUACCGCUGCUCCGUGGAGGGCUGCGGGGAAGCCUUCAGCACGAGCACGAACCGGAACAGACACGUGAGCCGCGCGCACGGCCAGGAGCAGAAGAAGUACGCGUGCAGGUUCGAGGGCUGCGGCCUGGAGUUCAAGAAGAACAAGCAGCUGAGGGCCCACGUGUGUGACCGGCACACGCAGCUGCCCCCUUACCAGUGCGCCCACGAGGGCUGCCAGAUGCGCUUCUCCACGCCCAGCAAGCUGAAGCGACACCAGAAGGUGCACAGAGGUUACCCCUGCAAGGAGGAGGACUGCCCCUUCACGGGGAAGACCUGGACGGAGCUGCUGCAACACAGGAAGGAGCAGCACCGGCCGGUGGUGAAGUGCGAGCGGUGCGGCAAGGUGUUCAGGGACCCCCGGUUCCUCCAGCAGCACCAGCGCGUCCACUCCGACACCAGGGUGGUCUACAAGUGUCCCAGGGAGGGCUGCAGCAGGUCCUACACCACCAUGUUCAAUCUUCAGAGCCACAUCAACUCUUUCCACGAUGACCUUCGCCCAUUUGUCUGCACCCACGACGGCUGCGGGAAGACCUUCGCCUUAAAAUGCAGCCUCCAGCGCCACGGCGUGGUCCACGAACCGGAGGGGAGGAAGCCGAAGAGGAGCCGGCUGAAAAGAUCCAUCGCGUCCAGACUGAGCGGCUUCCACGAAGCGAAGAGGGCGGCGUACAAAAAGCACCGGAGACCCGAGCCAGAGAGCAGGGCCCGCGAAGAGAAAGCGGAGCAGCCCGGCCCCAUCGUGCUGGUGUCCCUCAUGCAGGACACGUCUUUAAUAGGUGGCCCCGCUGUGGACGCGCAGGGACUCACAGAUGUCCUGGCAGCUCCGUUAUCGUUAUAGGUUUCUGUGAAAAGCACUACAAGGACAGGAGGCAACUGAUAAGAGAGUUUUGGAGUUUAUGUGUCUGCACGGUCAAUGUAUACACACGUGAUGUGAAGAAGAUGAAUGCAACUCGAGAGUUUUGGAGCUGUUUAAUUCCUCCAGAAGUUAUUUAUUCUGUGUUGCCAGUUCUUGUUUGGAUGUAAGGGAGAGGGCUGGACCUUAUCCCAUCUGCCACUGCGGGCGAGGAAAAUAUGUUUGUAUAUCUAUGUUCUGUUUUUGUUUGACAAAAAGAUUUGAGUGUCGCAAAUAAAAGCAACCGGUUGUUCUGGC